UCAAAUGCCUCCUGUCAAAGUUUUUGUUGAUUUCACUGCUCUCAAACCUCCAUGUGGAUCAAGAAGAUUAGAACAUGAACAUUUUAUCUACCACGAGUCUAGCGUCACAGUUGACCACCCUGAUCAGCAGCUCCACCGUUUCAACCAGUCUGAACAAAACCUGCAAAAGAAAUGGUACCUCUGCUGGACACCAUGCUGCAUCAGAGAGAAGAUCAAUACCAACUGCUACAAGUUAAAAAUAAAAGAUGGAUCAUUUAUCACAUUAAAGAGCUGCUGGUUCAGCUUCAUGAACCCGUGGACCAAAGAGGUGGAAAACACUGUUUCUACAAGUUCUGUAGUCAUGAUGGACAUGAUGGUGAUCUCAGAGGGUCAGAGGAUGUUUGAGGAGGACACUCAGGCUGUGAUCGUGGGAGUGAAGAACAUCAGCCAGAAGAAGAAAACAGAUGAACCAGCACAAGGUUACUCAACCACAAAGGUGGCAGCCACAUCAGGGUCCUGAAGAACUAUCGAGGCCAAAGGACUCUGUGGUCCUCAGUCUUCUCCUCCGGGCUGAUGUUACAGACUAUGACGCCUGCUACACCUUCAUUAUCCAAGUUAGGAUGGACGUUACCUAUACAUCCACCUGCUGCAAAGAUGUGUGACAGCAAAGCACAAGACAGG